AUGCCCUACCUGCACCAGGACUCGAAGCCGCGGCCGGCUGCGCAUCCCGGCGGUGCCCGAGGCACGCACAGCUCGGGAAAGGGCUACGAGCAGCUGAAGCAGGAGUGCCUGCGCAGGGGUGUCCUCUUCGAGGACCCCGACUUCCCUGCCUGCAAUUCAUCUCUCUUCUUCAGGGAAAACCCAGCCAUUCCCUUCGUCUGGAAGAGGCCUGGGGACAUUGUCAAAGACCCCAAGUUUAUCGUUGGAGGAGCCACCAGAACUGACAUUUGUCAAGGGGAUCUUGGUGACUGCUGGCUUUUAGCAGCCAUAGCUUCUCUCACACUGAAUGAAAAGACACUAGCAAGAGUGGUGCCACUGGAUCAAAAUUUUGGGCCAGAUUACGCUGGAAUAUUUCACUUCCAGUUUUGGCAGCACAACGAGUGGCUGGAUGUCGUGAUUGAUGACCGAUUGCCCACCUUCAAGGGCCGGCUGGUUUUCCUGCACUCAGCUGAACUCAAUGAAUUUUGGAGUGCCUUACUAGAGAAAGCCUAUGCCAAGUUGAAUGGCAGCUACGAGUCUCUGAAGGGUGGCAGUACAAUAGAGGCCAUGGAGGAUUUCACUGGGGGCAUAGGAGAAACAUAUGAUGUUAAGGAGGCUCCUGACAAUUUCUAUGAAAUCCUAGGAAAAGCCCUGAAAAGAUGCUCAAUGGUGGGCUGUUCUAUUGAUACCAGCAGUGCUGCCGAGUCAGAAGCCCGAACCCCGUUUGGCCUUGUGAAAGGCCAUGCAUACUCUGUGACUGGCAUUGAGGAGGUGAGCUAUAGGGGCCAACAAGUGCAGCUCAUCAGGAUAAGGAACCCGUGGGGACAGGUGGAGUGGAACGGCCCUUGGAGUGACAACUCUGCAGAGUGGCGCUCAGUCAGCCCAUCGGAGCAGAGACGCCUGUCUCAGGCAGCACGGGAUGAUGGAGAGUUCUGGAUGAAGUUUGAAGACUUCAAAGUGCAUUUUGACAAAGUUGAGAUCUGCAACCUGACUCCAGAUGCCCUGGAAGACAGCACUGCCCACAAAUGGGAAGUGGCCAUCCACCAAGGAAGUUGGGUCCGGGGAGCCACCGCAGGAGGAUGUAGAAAUUUCCUAGAGACUUUCUGGACAAAUCCACAAAUCAAGCUGCAUUUGACAGAGAAGGAUGAUGGACAAGAUGGAUGCACAUUCAUAGCAGCACUGAUGCAAAAGGGUCGCCGUAAGCUCAAGAAGCUUGGAGCUGAAAUGCUGACCAUUGGCUACUCUAUUUAUGAGAGCCCUGGCACAGAUGGACACUUGGGCAAAGACUUCUUCAGGUACCACGCCUCCAAGGCCAGGAGCAAAACCUACAUCAAUUUAAGGGAAGUAUCCCACCGAUUCAAGCUGCCACCGGGUGAUUACAUUCUCAUUCCAACCACAUUUGAGCCGCACCAGGAGGCAGAUUUCUGCCUGAGGAUCUUCUCUGAGAAGAAGGCCAUCACUGAGGAUUUAGAUGAAAACGUUGCCAUUGAUCUUCCUGAGCCUCUACAUCCAACCCCAAGCCCAGAAGAAACUGAAGAAGAAAAACAAUUCCGGGCACUGUUUGAGCAGAUUUCAGGAAAGGACCUGGCAAUAUCUGCAGAAGAGCUUGAAUAUGUUCUGAAUGCUGUAUUAAAAAAAACAAAGAAUAUAAAAUUCAAGAACUUAAGUCUCAUUUCAUGCCGAAACAUCAUUUCUCUUAUGGAUACCAAUGGCUACGGGAAACUGGAAUUCAGUGAGUUCAAAGUUUUCUGGGAAAAACUGAAGAAAUGGAUAAGUAUCUUCCUUCAAUUUGACUUUGAUAAAUCUGGCUCCAUGUCCUCUUAUGAGCUUCGUGGUGCUCUUAAAGCUGCAGGAUACCAGCUCAACAAUUACCUGCUGCAACUGAUUGUCCUCCGAUACUCUGAUGAGCAGUUCCAGAUUGAAUUUGAUGAUUUUCUGAACUGCCUAAUACGCCUGGAGAAUGCGAGUCGAGUAUUCCAAGCACUGAGUGUGAAAAACAAGGACUUCAUUAACCUGAAUAUAGGCGAGUUUAUCAGCCUGGGAAUGAGCAUCUGAAGGAAUCUGAUUUGGAUGCCAGGAGUUUCUUGCAACUUUGCUGCUGAGACUUUUGCCCCAAGAGCUGAGGUCCCCUUCACAUGCAAACUUCACCAGGAGAUUUCCUGCAGAGAAACAUGCAUGCUACCUCAACUUUCUGUUCUCCAGCCCUGUGGAUGAGUUCAAGUGUCAGAUCAUGUGGUUU